AUAAAAUAGGCAUCGGCUAGUCCAGCUCCUGAAGCUUCGUGAGCCUGCAACAGCCUCUCAUGGCUCAACGAAGGUCUCACCAGAAAUCUCGCCAUGGCUGCCUGGAAUGCAAGCGUCGACGAGUCAAGUGCGACGAAUCACGACCCGUCUGCGCCAACUGCGCUAGGCGUCAGACAGACUGCGAAUAUGAUUCCUCAGGCCCUCUUCGAUGGAUGACGGACGAGCCAUCGCGUUCGCCGCGUUCCCUUUCCGACCGACAAACAGCACCGCCAUCGCCUGACUUUAGCCUGCUGCGCCAGCUUCGCAGCAACAGCACAAAUUCCUACGAUUCCGCCUUACCUGCGCUGAAUAUCUGCGACCUCGAAUUAAUGCUGCAGUGGAUAAAUGAGACUUAUUGCAUAUUUACUCGAGGUCAACAGACCGAGGAGAUCUGGCGCAAACAUGUCCCUGAACAAGCCCUUUCUUAUCCAUUCCUCAUGCAUGGCAUCCUCGCUCUGUCGGCUUUGCAUAUCGCAUGCACCCGAACAAUGAGAGCUCCAGGUGACGCCAAGAGCGACUACCUCCAUGUUGCCAUCUCGCAUCAAGACCAGGCGCUCGCGCUUUUCCGCGAACAACUCGCCGACAUUAACACCAGCAAUGGCAAGGCUAUGUUCGCUUUUGCCAGUAUUACCGUCUUGUAUGCCUUCGGGUUCCCGCGCACUCCUGAGCCGGGUAGUUCUGCGGUUGGCGACCUAGUUCAAGCGUUUGUGCUUACUCGUGGGGUGCAGGACAUCCUGAACCAGUCGAUGAACACUAUUCUUGAAGACCGUACUUGGGCGCCAUUACAGCACGUGAACGACUAUGAUCCUGUUCUUUCAGUACAGGCCCAAGCAGCUAUCGAGCGGCUGCACAAAGCUAACGAAGCUUGCACACGGCAGGAUCCGAUCCUCCAUGACUCGAGCCUUUACCAGGCAGCAAUUGAACACUUAGCAGACCUUAUGGCUGGCAUUCAGUCAGGGCUGGGAUUUGCGCUGGCGUGUCGGUGGGUGAUUAAACUGCUACCGGCAUUCUUAGAACGACUACGGGACCGUCGACCGCUGGCUCUAACGAUUCUUGGGCAUUUCUGCGCGAUAUUAUUUAGGCUUCACGAUGUGUGGUUUGGCGCCGAUUGGGGCACGCGAGUCUUACGUGAGGUUUGGUUCACCCUUGACGACAACUGGAGGCCGUUGAUCCACGGCUGCAUGGAAGAGGUAUUUGGGGAGCAGUAUUAUGGGACGGGGAGAUGA